AUGUUGAACUUUCAAGCUAUUCGUUGGAAAUAUCCUCGAAAUGUUGGAUCUGGAUUUACUCUUAUUCCUAAAUCUUCAAUUGCUAAUCAAGAUUCUGAUCAAUAUUUUCUUGAAUUAGCAACUAGAUUAAAAAAUUUUGAUGUAAUAAUCAAUCAUGAUUUACCACAUUUAUUACGUGGAUAUCUUAAAGAAAGACUUCAUAAAGCACAAAAACUACAAAUACGUAUGAUACGUAAAUAUAUGAAUGAAAUUGAACGAAUUUCUAAAUUAUAUACUAAUACUCCCAAUAAUUUAGCAAAUCAAAAAUUACGAAAUGAAUUACAACUUGAAUUAAAUAAUAUUUUAAAUGAAUUAAGUCAAUAUUUAAAAGAUUUAGAACCGAAAGCACGAUUUAUUAAUCAUUUAAAAACACAAUAUUUUCAUUAUUGUAAUAUUGCUGAAUAUGAUUUAGAUAUAAUUAAUAUUAUACAAUUCUUGGAACGAAAUUUUAUAAAAGAUAAUCCACAUGUUCGUAUUCUUUGUUCGAAUGAUAUUUUAAAUAAUAAUAAUAAAUCAAAAUUAAAUCGACUAUGUAGUGAACUAGCUACAGAACGUCUAACAAAUCGAAAAUUACGUAUUAUCUAUGCUGAUUUUUCUUAUUGUUCAUUCGUAUUGUCUGACAUGUUAAUAUUAUCAUCAAAGAACAAACAAAUUCCUUACGAACCAUUAACAAAAAGACUAACUUCAUCAUCAUCAGCAGCAGUACGAUCGGAUGAGGAUGUUAUUAAUAUUCUUCUUAUUGGUGAGACAGGUGUUGGAAAAUCUACAUUUAUUAAUGCUUUUGUUAAUUAUCUUACAUUUAAUACUCUUCAACAAGCUGCAUCAAAUCAACCUGUCGCACUUAUACCAGUAUCAUUUCUCAUUACAACUGGAAAUAAUUUUCAAGAACAUACAGUUAAAUUUGGUAAUUUUGAUAAUUUAAUUAAUGAAGAUUUCGAUCAUCCAGGUCAAUCUGUAACACAAUAUUGUCGAUCUUAUCUAUUUGCUCUUAAUCAUAUUAUUGGAAAAAAAUUACGUAUAAUUGAUACACCUGGUUUUGGUGAUACCCGAGGUCUUGAUCAAGAUAAUAUAAAUAUGCAACAUAUUUUAGAAUAUAUAUGUAAUUUAACACGUUUAGAUGCUAUAUGUUUUCUUCUUAAACCAAAUACAUCACGACUUCAUAUUUUUUUUCGAACAUGUCUUACACAAUUAUUUGAUUUAUUAGGUUCAAAUGCUCGUCUAAAUAUGAUUUUUUGUUUUACAAAUGCUCGAUCAACUUUUUAUAAACCAGGAAAUACAGCUCCAUUAUUACGUACUAUGUUAAAUUCAUUGUCAAUUAAUGAUAUUCCAUUUAAAAAAGAAAAUACAUUUUGUUUUGAUAAUGAAUCAUUUCGUUAUUUAGUUGCUUUAAAAAAUGGAAUUCAAUUUAAUGAUGAAGAAAAUAAAGAAUAUGAAAUAAGUUGGUCAACUUCUGUUAAUGAAUCAAAUCGUCUCAUUAAUUAUAUAUGUACACAACUUAGUCCCUUUUCUUUAUCUAAUGGAUGGCAAUCUAUUAAACAUGCUCAAAUUGAAAUCAUUCAAAUGAUUCGUCCAAUAUUAGAAACAAUGAGAAAUAUACUUCGAAAUAAGAUCUUAUGGAAAAUGGACUCACCAAACAAGUCUAUUGAAUUAUAUCCACAAGUUAUUUCACAUUCAAGUAUGUUAUGUACUGUAUGUAAACGAGAUCCAUUUCAAUUGGAUAAUUUUUGGAUUUUACCUGAUCAGGUACAUGAUUUUCGAAAUGCAUGUCUCGUAUGUUCAUGUACACAGAAUCAACAUAUUUCAAUUGAUUAUAUGCUCAUAUAUAAAAUUUUAAAUAAUUCAUCGAAUUAUCAAGAAAAUGAAAUGAACGAUCUUCUUAAUCGACUGAAUAUUGCAAGUGUUGAAUUUGCUUAUUUUCUUAUUAAUGUUGCUCAUUCAACAACAGAAGACCCUUUUCUAGUUGGUCUAUUACGAAUGAUUGAUGAAGAGAAACAGAUUUGUGUAGAGAAAACAACAAAUCAUUUAAAUUUAGAAUUAAUUAAAGAAUUAGAAAAACUUAUAGGCACAUAUAAAGAACAAAUGAAUCAACAACAACAACAACAAAAUAAUUUGGAAGAUAUCUAUGAAAAAAUUAAAACAGUUAGUGAAUAUCCAAUCAUACAUGAACAAAUAGAAGCUAUUCGUCAAAAGAGAAAAAUACACAAAAAUGAACAACAACAACAUGAAUUUCAAGUCUCCGAAAAUGCAUUCCAUGGAAAGAUUUAUCUAUCAACACCUUGUUGA